AUGAAUAGUCAAAAUGGUGAACAUGAUGAUAAGAUUACGACUCCAGAAGUUCUUACAAUGCCACUUAAAACGCAGCCAAAUUUCAGACGAAUAGCACGUGACCAUGCCAUUCGUGCAAUUGCGAAAUUCAAAUCGUUAGAGAGUGACAAUAUUAGUUUGAAAGCGCAGCCGCAAUAUGAUACUUCAGAGUCGCAAUUCACUGUUAAAACUUUGAAUACAUCUGGAAAAGGUGGAAAAAUUGGAUUAAUUGAUUAUCAAAGUGAUUCGGAGUGGUAUGGUGAGAUAUAUCUUGGCACUCCUCCACAAGUAUUUAACGUUGUAUUCGACACUGGAUCAUCAGACAUGUGGGUCUUUGGACCAGAUGCAAACUUGGAACAUCGUGACGGCAGUGGAACCUACCCACACCACAUAUACGAUUACACCAAAUCGUCCUCAUAUAAAUACGACGGUCGCGGAUGGAACAUAACUUAUGGGGAUAGCGGAAAGGUCGGUGGUUAUUUGGCGAGAGAAUUAGUGUUAAUUGGUGGAAUCCGCGUUCCUGGGCAAUUAUUUGGUGUCGUGCUGCAAACUACAGAACUUUAUGCGUCGGAUAUAAUCGAUGGGUUGGUUGGUCUUGGCUUCAAAUCCAACACUGCUGUCAAAGGAAUUAAGCCAUUGUUUGAUAAUAUGAUUGAUAGAAAUGUGCUUCAAAGAAAUUUAUUCUCGGUAGCGUAUGUUAAAGAAGCAGACGGAAAUCCAGGUGGUGGUGAAAUUUGCUUUGGAAGAAUAAAUCCUGAAUAUUACACUGGUGAAAUUUUAUAUUUACUAGCAACGCAACCAUCCUCCUAUUGGGAAGUUAGAGUUGAUAAUGUACAUGUAGGCAAUAAUGCGCCAUUAAAUAAGUCAGGAAAAUUAAUUAUUGACACAGGCAGCUCUAUAAUGUUAAUGCCAAGUUCUGUUACUGCUGCAAUCUAUGCACAAAUUCCUGGAUCAUUAUAUGAUUCAGACUAUGGUGGAUGGUUGCUACCUAUUGACUCCGAUCCGUCUAUAUCUGUUUAUUUCGUGUUUUCUGGUAGAGAAUUUGCUGUUCCGGUUAGUGAUUUGAUAUGGGAUCCAAUUCCGGAUACGAAUUUAGCUGGUGGUGGGAUUCAAAUUCAGCCGGGGACUUAUUGGAUUUUUGGUGGCAUUUUUAUAAAAAACGUCUAUCUGAUCUUCGACCGUUCAGACUCGGAAUCACCAAAAGUUGGCAUCGCAACACGUGCAUAA